CUCCAGGAGUGGAGCGACUACAAGCUGCGCUGGGACCCGGCGGAAUUCGACAACGUCACCUCCAUCCGGGUGCCUUCCGAGAUGAUCUGGAUCCCCGACAUCGUGCUCUACAACAACGCUGACGGGGAGUUCGCCGUGACCCACAUGACGAAGGCCCACCUCUUCUCCAAUGGGAAGGUGAAGUGGGUGCCACCCGCCAUCUACAAGAGCUCGUGCAGCAUUGACGUCACCUUCUUCCCCUUCGACCAGCAGAACUGUAAGAUGAAGUUCGGCUCCUGGACCUACGACAAGGCCAAGAUUGACCUGGAGAACAUGGAGCACCAUGUUGAUCUCAAGGAUUACUGGGAGAGCGGCGAGUGGGCCAUCAUAAAUGCCAUUGGCACCUAUAACUCCAAGAAGUAUGACUGCUGCACCGAGAUCUACCCCGACAUCACCUUCUGCUUCAUCAUCCGCCGCCUCCCGCUCUUCUACACCAUCAAUCUCAUCAUACCCUGCCUGCUUAUCUCCUGCCUGACUGUGCUGGUCUUCUACCUGCCCUCCGACUGCGGGGAGAAGAUCACCCUCUGCAUCUCCGUCCUGCUGUCCCUCACCGUCUUCCUACUGCUCAUCACAGAAAUCAUCCCGUCCACCUCGCUGGUCAUCCCUCUCAUCGGCGAGUACCUCCUCUUCACCAUGAUCUUCGUCACACUCUCCAUCAUCAUCACCGUGUUCGUCCUCAACGUCCACCACCGCUCCCCCAGCACCCACACGAUGCCCUGCUGGGUGCGCAGCUUCUUCCUUGACUUCAUCCCUCGCUGGCUCUUCAUGAAGCGACCCCCGGCCCUGCCUCCCCCCGAGGGGACCGCGGGACAGUACGACCUCCCGGGGACGAGGCUCAGCACCUCCCGGUGCUGGCUGGAGACCGAUGUGGAUGACAAGUGGGAGGAAGAAGAGGAGGAGGAGGAAGAGGAGGAGGAAGAGGAGGAGAAGACCUACCCCAGCCGCAUAUCCCAGGCGGGGUCCCACAGCCAGGGUGCCCAGUGCCGCUAUGGCUGCGGGCGCCAAGCUGGGAAGGCGUCAGGGGGCUCAGCCCCCCGGGGGCCCCCCAAGGGGGAGGAGGAGGAGGUGGGCUCAGACCAGGGGCAGACGCUGUCCCCCAGCAUCCUGAAGGCCCUGGAAGGGGUGCAGUACAUCGCGGACCACCUGCGAGCCGAGGAUGCCGACUUCUCGGUGAAGGAGGACUGGAAGUACGUGGCCAUGGUGAUCGACCGCAUCUUCCUCUGGAUGUUCAUCAUCGUCUGCCUGCUGGGCACCGUGGGGCUCUUCCUCCCACCCUACCUGGCGGGGAUGAUCUAG